GUCCCAUCCUCCGUAAUCCUUUAUUGUUCGCAUGAAAAACCAAUGUACCAUGCAUGAGUUCUGCAGAUUGAAACCGUGAAGAUGAUGGAAUAAGAUCGAUGUAACGUAACGACCGCGCGUAUCCGAUGAUUUAGUGUUUAAACGACCGAUACCGGUAAUAAAGUGUAAUAUAUGGUGUAUUUUUAGUGUGUUCGGUUGCAAAAAAAAAAAAUAAUAAUAAAAUACGACAAUUUUUUGAAUAACGUUUGUUUUGUUUUGGCAACAUGAUAAUACGAGUUUUGGGCCAUCAAGCGCCUAGAGAACCAUUAUUAUUUUUGCUUUGGAUGACGUUGACAUCUCUGACACCGGAUCUCUGUGCCAUGCGAAUAUCAAACAACGAUCGUGACCCGAGACCUCGUAAACCUACGACAAAUUCAAAACUACAUCACGAAUUAAAGCCACGAAUAUCAAACAUGCCAAUGCAAACCGACUUCCCAUACCGAUACGUGUUCCCAGCCAACCACCCUUUCUCCAACUUCGCUCAAUAUCUAAGUGCACAACACCCUACAGCUUCUUCUUCCAACAGCCAUAACACCUACGAGGUGUACGCGACGCCUUCGACCCCCCAGCAAUACCGAUCCAAUCAAAUACCACCCGAAUACAACAAGUUCAUCUACAAGCCUCCUUACACGCAGCCUUACACGUCCCCUAACCCGGCACAUGUAAGUCCUCUACCAUUUCACGCGACACCAUCGCCGGUAAUUCUGUUGGUACACGCUGGUCAACCGAGUACAGGACCUUAUCAGACGUAUGUUUUGAUACCAACGGACAAUGGCAAUCAGCCUUUGCAUCAUAAUUUACCUCAUCCGCCACCUCCACCUCAACCUCAGCCACCCUCAAUCCAUCAUCAUCAACAACAAGGGUACAAUAAUCUGGUGCCAACUAUUCAGUAUGCUACCAGUCCACCUUAUAGUUUACCAUUGAGAGCUAAUAUCGUACCAGUAGCAGCGGCUACGUUACCAUCUCCUGUGAUAACGCAUACUUCGCAAUUCCUCAAACCAUCUGGUAAUCCUUAUCAGACUCAAAUGGUCCAGAGGCCGGUCAACAUAUAUCAAAUACCAGCGGGCAAGUACUAUCCGCAAAAAAAGAACUCCAUCGAAUCGAAGAGCAGCUCGGUCGAUAACGAUAAAUCGGAGAGCCAGUCGGUGACCACGUCCACUGAGAGGACAGCACCCGAGAAACUUAACAUCGGUGCCUUGAGAACGAGAUCGUAGUAAAACGAAAAGUGAUUACCGAAGCAGUCAAAUGAUAUUUUUAUAAGAUGAAAAGUUAUUCGUUCGUUGAUAAAAAUUCUGGCAGACUUUUUUUUAUCAACCAACGACUCGCUAUCACGUAAAUCCGAAAAAAAAAUACGAAUUCAACGAGUAGGUACCAACGUGAUAUAUUGGCCAGAAUAAUCUAUAGAUAGGUAUUUUGCAUUAUGCAAAAUUCGUCGAAUGGCUUUAUUAAUAAAUUUUCUACGUAACGUCAUUAAAAAUCGCAGAGCCGCAUAAAAGUCUCUACAUUAAUAAGAACCAUGAAUCCCAUCGGGCCUAUUUUCCAACGCUGACUCAAAAUUUCCACCUGGUAUAAUGAUGAGAGUAAAGAUACCACAUUUCGAGCUCGACGAUACCGCCAACUAGAAUUUUAUUUCCCUGUUUCCGUAAAUUUCUCAUGAGAUUUUCUCUUUCCAAAAAAAAAAAAAAUCUGAAAGCAUUUUAUUAUAAGGUAGACGAUUUACAGAACCUUUUCAUGUAGAAAAUUUCUUUUCUGUGAAAAUUUUCUUUUCAAUAACGUUAUCCAUCGCUGGUUUUGAUAACCUCUCAAAGAUUAAUUCAAUUCGAAAUUUGAUUUAUUUUUUGUAAAGCUACCGGCAAAGAUCUCGAUCAAGUUUGCUUUGUCGAGAAUCGUCACAAAAAGCUAUCUUUACACGCUUUUUUCAAAAAGAUUUACAUUUUCGAGAAAUUUUCAGAGUAGGUAAUUUUACUCAAUCAGCUUCGAAAAAAAAAAGAGUCUGGAUGGGAGAAAACUUCCUUUUAUUUAUUUUAAAUCACUUUCGUUUGUAUGAGAUAAAAAGUUGAAAAUUUAUACAAGUGAAAAGAUCUUUUACUUGACUAUCAAAUUAUUCGCUAUUCUAACGACAAAAAUACCUAUUUAAUCUUUGAACGAACAUUUUAACAAAGAUUAAAAAAGGUUCAGUCGCCUGACAAAGUUUGCUCUUCGAAGUGUUUGUUGAUAAAUUUUAUACGUAAACAGAGGAAUUUAAUUUUAUAGAAUGGCGUUAAUUGUCAUUUAAAAAAAAAAAUCUAAAGUGAAACGAAGUAAAAAAAUAUAUAAUUUUUAUCUUACUAAAAAAAAAGACUUUUACAUGAAUGAAAAAACUUACGAUUCAUGGGACGUAAACUUUCGACUGUUUUGAUUAUAUUUUUAUUUUUUAUUUUAUAGGUUUUUUAAAAUUAUGUGUAUAAUUUGUAAAUAAUUUUUUACGCUACCCAUGAAAACCAUAUUAAAAAAAUCAAUUGAAUAGUUACAAUAAUAUUUAAGAAGCUGAAUGGAAACAGAACAUCAUCAUAGAAUAAGUAUAGGUAGAAAACGAAAAACUAAGUAUCUCGAUACGAAAUGCUUAUAGAUACUUACAAUUACAUUAUACAUAUUUUUUUCAAAUUCGUUCACGAACGAAACAAGUUUUAUUGAAAUAAAAUGUUCGAAGAAAAAUCAUUCAUGAUCGAGCUAUAUUUUGAACAAGUCGUUCGCGAACGAUUUCAGAUAAUUACAUCAAAUAAAUAAAAUCGUUCGCGAACGAUUAAAACAGAAACACCCCCGUGCUAAAAAAAAAAAAAAAAUUGUGAGCAAAUAGUGAACGAAUCGUUUAUAAACGACUACAGGCAGAAUCAUUUUACCCAUCGAAUCAUUCGUGAACAGAUUUAUUUUGGAACCGAUUGAAUUGAACACGGUUCAAAUCGAUUGUGGAAAACAGUCGUUCGUGAAUGACCUUAGGUAUUAUUAGAUCGAUUGAAUCGAUCAUGAAUAAAAUAAUACAACCUUGGCAUUGAAAUAAAGUAAUCAUCUGCAGUUUGCAGAUCACUAAAUUGGCAAUGGCCAUAAUCUAAAUCAAUUACCUAAAAGGAAAUUUUUUCUUGUGAGCGACCGAAUCUUUAGAUCGAUCAAAUCGUUCGCGAACGACUAUAAUAUUCAACUUUGUAUUAAAACAAAAAAAGUAAAGUCUUUCAAGUAGGAUUUUAAUUUUUAAUUGAACGUGAAAAACAAUGCGAACAUUUGAUUCUUUGCAUGGCUCGAAUCGUUCGGGAACGAUCAUUUUGUACCUUCAUGUAUAAAAAAUCAUUUCAAUUCAAUUGCAAAUUGUCGCGAUUCAAAUCCAUUUUGUAAUAAAAAUCGUUCGCGAACGACCGAAUCAAUGGAUCAAUCUAAUCAUUCGUGAACGAUGCUUGCUCUCAUUCUGCUCUUUAGGUACUUCUUUAAAAUUUCCGCUCCCUCUCUUCGCUCGCUCUUUCAUUGAAGGGUCGUUCGCGCUCUUUCGCUCCUUUUUCACUAUUCUCACUUCUCAGAUUACUCCACUCUCGCUACCGCUCCCACACUCGCUCUUGCUCCUACACCUGUUCUUGCUCUUCAAAUUCAAUUUUUCAUCAAAAAUUCCAUGCUUUGUAAAAUAUUUUUUCAAUUUUUUUAAAGCGUGACCAUAACCUUACCAUUUUUUUCCUAUUUUUUUCUUCAUUUUAUAUCAACUUCAAAAGCAGGAUUUGAAAAACCAAAGAAUUAAGGAUUUCUAACAAGAAAGCAUUUAUAGCGAUGAAAUAGCAAAAAAAAAAAAAAAAAAAAAACAAGAGCAAAGCCCGUCAAAAAUAUGUAAAGUCGCUCCCACUCUCACUCUCGCUCACUCAAAUAAUCACGGUUCCUAAAAAGCGCUCUUCUCAGUAGGCUAAAAGAACUUUUUUUGUGGGAGUGUUCCCAUCGCUCUCUCGUUCUUCUAAAAGAGCCGCUCUUUGACGCUCUCGCUCCCACUCGUUCGCUUCUUCCAUCACUGGACCAGAAAAUCGUUGAAGAAUCACUGAAUCAAAAAUAGUAUCAACUUAUCCAAACGAAUCAUUAAAAAAUUUCGUUCGCGAACGACCGAAUCAAUGGAUCAAUCGAAUCGUUCGCGAACGAUAGUAUUUUUCUAUUAAAACAAAAAACCAAAAAAUUUAUUGGAAAACCACUAAAUUCAGAACGGUAGCGAUUUCCUUGAAUAAAUCAUGGAAAAUCUCGUUCGCGAACGACUGAAUCAAUGGGUCAAUUGAAUCGUUCGUGAACGAUAGCAUUUUAAAAAUUAAAACAAGAAACAAAGAAAUUGCUGGAAAACCGUUGAAUUUAGAACGGUCGCAAUUUCCUUAAAUAAAUCAUGGAAAAUCUCGUUCGCGAACGACUGAAUCAAUGAAUCAAUUAAAUCGUUCGUGAACGAUUUUUUUCAAAAAAAAUCAUUGAAUUGAGAAUGAUAACAAUUUUACUAAACAAAUUGCGAGAAAAAUUCGUUCGUGAACGAGUGAAUCACUGGAUCAUUUGAAUCGUUCAUGAGCGGUACAUCGUGAUUACAUUUGAACAAAAAGAAACAUGAGAAAUCAGUAAAUUAGAAAUAAAUUGUCAACUAAAUCUACCAAGGAUGACUCUUUUAACCAGGAAUAAUAAAGGUGUAUAUGUAUCAUAAAAAAAAUCGUUCGCGAACGAGUGAAUCACUGGAUCAUUUGAAUCGUUCGUGAACGGUUCAUCAUUUGAACAAAAAAAAAUCAUGAGAAAUCACAAAACCGAAAAUUUGAACAUUUUAAUUCACCAAGAAUGAAAAAAAUUGUUGGAUUGUUCAAAUCAUUCGCGAACGACUGAAUCACUAGAUCAAACAAAUCGUUCGUGAACGAUUAUAUUUUCAAAAUAGGACAAUUGUUCAAAAGUUACUAAAUUUAAGGAUAAUGAUAAUUUCGAUUUACAUCUGCAAUUAUGAAAAACGAAAAAGAAUCGUUCACGAACGACUGAAUCAUCAAACUUAUACAUUGAAUCGUAGAAAUGGUUCCAGAAUAUUUUGAUUUUCGCAUCGAAACAAACAAUCGUUCAUAAAUUAUGUUUUUCAAUCAGGAUGGAUGUGAAUUGAAUUACACAUCUAUGUAAAUGAAUCGUUCGAGAAUGAUUGAAUGAUUAUGAAUCAUGGUCUAUAUUUUGGUAGGAUUUUUUUUUUUGUCGACAUGCUUAAUGAACUUCAAAUGCCUGAAGAAUCAUCUAUUCACCUACCUAAUUGAUGCUUCAAACGAGAAUCAUUCGCAAACGACCAAACAUUCGUGUUUCGUUCAUUUUUCAAAAAAUCUACUCGAAAUCGUUCGCAAAUGAUUCCUAACUCAAAAAUCACCAAAAAAAAUCACAUAUUACCCAAAAAUACCUACAUUCGAUUAUUUUGAUCUGCAACCUAUUACAUUUGCACGAUUAACAACUACUAUAACAAAGUAUAUUCGUUCUCUUCCCAUUCAGCUUCGUAAUUAGAUUACCAAAACGUAUUUAUAUAAGUAGAAAAAACCCUUUACCAUUCACUUGUACAUAUAACUAUAAUUGUAUAAUUUAUUAAUGUUGUUAAUAAAUGAAA